UAUGCAAUUAUAAUAAAUCAUAGGAUUAUAUGUGGUUAUUGCACAAGAGCAAAAUGGACAUGAAAAAGAUGAUAAGAGAGAAUAAUAACCUAAAUUAUUGAUCUAAAAUUUGGAAAUCAAAAUUAGCAAUAACAAGAAAUAAAUCGAAUUACUCACUACAUACACAUAAAAAGCAAUAGAGGAGACGAAGAGCGAAUUCACAUUUGCAAUAGAUUUAUUAGCUGAGAGAGAGAACAGUUUAAAUAUUCUUAAGGAUGCGAUAAAGAGAUAAACUGAACUCAUAGCUACACAAAAAUAACAGUUGAUUUCUGUUCAAGUAUUAGAACACAAAAUGGGGCAUUUAGGUGAAAAGUAAACAAAGAGAAACAAAAAAUCAAAUAAGAUUAUGAUCAAGCUGUCAAACAGAAGGAAUUGUAUUUAAUGCAAUCUUUUUUUAGUUGGAUUAGAGGGCAAAAUAGAAUAUUGUAAUUGGAAUAAGAAGUUAAACAGUUGUAAAUUGAGAAGAAUAUUAUUGAGAGGGAUUUCGCAUAGAAGAUUGAAUUUUCAUAGAAGAAGAUAGACAUCCAAAAUUAUCAAAUAGCGGAAAAGAUAUCUCAAAUAUCAGAUCUUUAAAGAAAACUUAUAGAUGUGCAUCAUAGCAACUAUUUAUAAGAUGAAGCUAAUCAAUUAAUCAACUAAAUAUUAAGGUUGA